AUGACUUACACAUCAUUCGCAACUGCCGGAGAAGUUUUCGAUCUACUGAUUCACAGAUUCCACUUGCUUGCACCAGAGGGAUUAAGUGAAUCUGAUAUUACAAUGUGGAGAGAGAAGAAACAGAUGGUCGUACAACUUCGCGUUAUCAAUGUCAUGAAAUCAUGGUUAGAACAUCAUUUUGAUGAUACCAGAGACGAUUAUAUUCUCAGCAGAAUUAGACAAUUCGCUGAUUCCGAUAUACCAAUGACAAUCGUUGGACCUGUACGGUACUUGAAAAAGAUUGUUGAAAGAAGAGAAUCAAAAGGUGGUUUAGAACCAAAGAGGAUCAUAACUGCACAGAACUUCCCUCCACAGCCAAUCUUACCUAAGAACUCAAAGAAGUUGAAAUUGCUAGAUAUUGAUCCAUUAGAAAUGGCAAGACAAUUGACAAUCAUUGAAAGUUAUACCUUUAAUAGAAUAAAACCAGAUGAAUGUUUGAACAAGAAUUGGAGCGGCCCUGAGCAUCUCAAAACACACAAAGCACACAAUAUUAGAACUAUGAUUCAAUUAUCUAACAGAUUGGCUGCUUGGGUUACGCAUAGUAUUUUAGGUAUGAAGGAUGAUGUCAAAAAGAGAGCUUCAAUGAUUAAAUGGUUCAUUUAUGUUGCUGAGAGAUGUAGAUCUCUGAACAAUUUCUCAACAAUGGCUGGUAUCAUCGCUGGUAUCAACUCACCACCAAUUAGAAGAUUGAAGAGAACGUGGGAUCAAGUGUCACAAAAAGCCCUUAACAUACAUCAAUCCCUCGAUACUACCAUCGAUAGUACGAAGAAUUUCGCGAAUUAUAAGCAACUUUUACGUAACAUCAAUCCACCUUGCGUACCAUUCUUGGGUGUCUAUCUCACUUACUUGACAUUCAUAACAGAUGGAAAUCCUGAUUUCUUGAAAGAUGCAGAGAGAGGCGGUCAACAGUUGACAUCACCACCAGGCGGUGGUUCAGGUUCAUUGCCCCUUGUUAACUUUGCUAAGAGACAAAUGGCCGCGGAUCUCAUUUCUGAAAUACAGCAAUAUCAAGCAACACCAUACAAUUUUACGCCAAUACCACAGAUUUCUAAAUUUGUUACACAACAAUUAGAAGAAUCUGAUCACGCACCAGACGCUUUCCCGAUUAGUUUACGUAUAGAACCUAGAGAAAAAGAUGAUGAAAAGAUGGCGAGAAUGUUAUCAGAAUCUGGUUUCUUUUAA